CUUCAAAAGGUUCCAACCACUUUGGCAACCAAACCAUGUUUUAUAAUUUAACUGAAGUUACCAAUCAUACCUAACUUAAGGUCCCCGCGAUACUCUACCCAAUUCUACCACGACGAUGACGAGUGGCACUCUAGAAGCGCGUUUCGGAAACCUAUCACUCAACGAAAACAAGAAAGAUCGUGCCCGUUUGGUGAAGAAGCCAAUUCCAAAUGUUAAGGUAUGUUUGUUUUCCACAUUGAAGGACGCUUGCAUGUGCUGAAGUACACCUUUUACACUUCCACAUCUAAUGUACGCGCAGACUAGUAGCACACGAUUACCUCAAAGCCCUAGCCGAUCGAAUUACCUACUGAAAUUUGCACUAAAGAACUCACCUUUCCGACAACAGCCAUCUGUCGAAUCUCCGUCUCCGAAAAUAUCCAAUGAUCCAAUUGACGCUGGACAAAAGCCUAGCUCAGCGACUCCAAAACAAUUCCAUCUUGGCAUGUUCGAAAUUGGACGGCCUCUCGGGAAAGGAAAAUUUGGCCGUGUAUAUUUGGCGAGAGAACGUCGGAGUGGUUUUGUUUGCGCACUGAAAGUUCUUUACAAGAACGAGAUCAGGAAGGGGGGAGUUGAGAAGCAAGUUCGACGCGAGAUUGAGAUUCAAUCUCACCUUAAACAUCCCAAUAUACUUCAGUUAUACGGGCAUUUCCACGAUAGCAGGAGGAUAUUUUUGAUCUUGGAGUUUGCCGGCAAGGGAGAACUCUAUAAGCAUCUGACGCGUGCGGGACGAUUUCCGGAAUGGAAAGCUGCUCAGUAUAUCGCUCAAAUGGCGUUGGCAUUGCAACACUGUCAUAAAAAGCAUGUAAUGCAUCGGGAUAUCAAACCAGAGAAUAUUCUUGUCGGUAUUCACGGUGAACUCAAGAUUGCCGGUAUAUUGCUCCAUUCCUGUCUCACUUCAUGUUACCGACUCUUCGCUGCCCAAUGCAUGACUGGGGCCAAUUAUAUCUUGCAAAGGGUCUCUCUUGCGUUUAUGACCAACCUACCUUUUGACCAAGAGAUGUAUUAAUAUUUGAUAGAUUUUGGUUGGAGUGUUCAUGCGCCGAGCAACAGGCGAAGAACCAUGUGUGGAACUUUAGAUUAUCUGCCACCCGAGAUUGUUCGAGAGCAAUGGUAUAACGACAAAGUGGACUUGUGGAGUCUGGGGGUAUUGAUGUAUGAGUUCAUUGUAGGUUCUGCGCCAUUUGAGGACGAAAUUUCCCGCACCAACAGGAGAAUUGUGCGUUGUGAAUACACCAUACCAAACUUCGUCUCAAACGAAGCCAAAGAUCUGAUUACGAAAGUGAGUCAUCUCCCAAAGAUCUGACUCAUCGGUCUGUGUCUAAACUUCACAGCUUCUGGUACUGGACCCUGAAAAGCGCACCACGCUCGAGGAGGUUCAAGAACACCCUUGGAUAAUCAAGCAUUGUGUGGAAGGUGUUGGGACAUCAACGUGAAAUAGAACGGAGCAUAUAAGCGUUUGUA